AUGUCAGAAGCAGCAUAUCGCCCUCUGUGGAGCGCUGCCUUGCGCCGACCCUCUUCCAGCAUAUUCACAACAUGUAAGCAAUGUCAAAAAAGCUUUCCUGAGACUUUGCAGACGCGCGCAUCUUCUUCCAACUCGCGGUGGAAGAUGAGGCAGGGUAAAGACUUUUUCGCCCGCGAGGCCAAGGUGCAGGGGCUCAAGAGUCGGGCUGCGUUCAAGCUCCUAGAGGUUGCUGUCGAGCGCACGAAGCCAAAUGGCCAGAUCCUGGGCAUCGACAUCAUACCCGCACAGCCACCCAAGGGCGUCUCAACAAUCCAAGGCAACUUCCUUUCACCCGACGUCCAGGGCAUGGUGAAGGACUAUCUCGAGCGAGCCAGGCACCGCAAGCGGAACUCACUGCCAGCAGAAGAAGAUGAAGAACAAGAGAACGACGAAGAAGAAUCACCUGCGGAUAGCGAGGCUACAGUCAUUGAGGAAAAACCGAGCUACAUCGACAUGGAGAGAGCAGCGUUCGAAACUUCAAGUACCGCCAAGGAUGGAUCGGAAGCUAAGAAAGGUCGAUUGGUGGAUAUUAUGUUGAGUGACAUGUCAGCACCUUGGGACCAGACCAGUGGAUUCGGCGUGAACAGUCUUAGUAAUCCCUAUCAUAGGAUGAUGAACACGAGCGGCAUGGCAUUCCGAGACCACGCUGGGAGUAUGUUCGCCAAUGACACACUCAAGAACGGCGGGCAUUUUGUCUGCAAGUUCUAUCAAGGCUCCGAGGACAGAGAGUUUGAAAAGAAGCUGAAGACCUUGUUUGCAAAGGUUUUUCGAGAGAAGCCAGAGUCAUCUCGCAGUGUAGGGACAGAGAGCCACAUUGUGUAUGGGAAUACGCUGACUCGUUCACAGGACUCGAAAGAGGCGUACUUUGUCGCACUCAGAAGGAAGGGAAACGUAAGCUUGGAGAGUGACGACUUGUAA